UAGUAUCAAAUUAUUAGUUCAAUUUUUCCGAAGGUUGUAAAUAUGUGAAUAAAUCAAACUCGUAAUCGCUUUGCUAGUCUCGGUAUGGCAGAGGGAUCGGAAUCCGCCGAGGGUUCGAGGAUUUCUUUGAGGUUUAAGGAGGAGAUGCACAAUUUGCGCGACGAUGCGGCCGGUACUUCGGAAGGUAUUAAUCCCGAGAUUACGUUGGUAUUAAAGAGGCCGGAUUUCCGGAAGAUCAGCGGGGAAUCCGUGCGGAAACUCGAAUCGUCGACAAUAAUUGUUAUACCGCUGCAACACACAUUACAGCAGGAUAGAGAUGAUCCUCCGAGCGAAGUUGAACUAUGCGAAUUUGAAAUUACUCCACCACCCUACAGUCCGUUAGUUCUGUACAGUGCACCUCCCGUGCAAGGGGCUCCUCCAACGUAUUCGGCGAUCUUGAGGAUUGGACCUGCGGAUACCUGCAGCAGGAGAUUAGGUAGGCGACCCGAGAUCAGGAUGCAGCCUUCGCCGCCAUUCAUCGCUCCGAUUCCGCCACCGUCGUACGCGGAAGCGCAAGGACUAUGCUUAAACCAAAGUAGGCCUUUAUUUCCUGCCGUCAUAGAUUACGAGGAUUCGGCCUGGGGACCCGAGCCUGUAACCGUUUUCUGUCCCACCUGCAACAAUUUUGUCAUCACUAAUGUCAGAACGCGACGAUCCAACGUCACGCAUUUCUCAGCUCUCGCCCUCUGCAUAUGCGGAUGCUGGCCCUGCUGUCUUCUUCCCUACUGCAUGAAGAGCUGUAAAACUACCUAUCACGAAUGUCCGUUGUGUGUAACAGUAAUUGGCAUAUACAAUCCGUGGAUGCGAAGAAUGCAGCCUAUAUGAAAUUAGAGGUUUCUUUGUGAUGAAAUGCUUUUACAAUGAAAGUUUUUAGAUUGGUGAAGUUAUGACUAUUCAGAUUAGUCAUAAGCCCAAUAGCUUUGGACACCAUCCAGCAAGUAAAGUCAUGGUUUAAA